AUGAGCAGACCCAACAGAAAGAGAGUCGAUGAGGCUGUGCAAACUGCAGGAAUGAUACUCAAGCUGGCCAAGAAUGGUCAAGGAAUGACUGCUCAAUCAGCUCUUCGGCAUGCUGGAGUCUCAACAGAAGAUAGAGCAAACAGAAACCUCCACAAGCGAGUUCAUCGGGCAAAGAGCAAGCUAGAUAAUCAGAAGAAGCAACUUUUAGAUGACUUUGAGAGUAUGGAGUUGGACUCUGAAGCUGAGAAAGUCUUUCCAUUUCCGGACUCUCAAGAGAGUGUUAUCCCCAUCGUGCCAACAGCUCCCAAGAUGAUGAAGAUGCGGAGGACCUCCCACCAAGCUACAGGACAGCGAAAAGUCAAUAUCCAAACCAGGGAUCUGAAAGCCAAACUGUUCCAAGAAGCUUGUGAGGCCGUUCAGCAGGAGAAUGAGAAAGAACAACGGUUGAAGGCUGAGGGGAAGGCCUAUAAGAAGAAAUCGGCUGAGGUUAUCUGUGGCGAGAUCAACGCACAGCCACUUGCUCAGGUCCACGGAAUCAAACUCAUUGGACGCAGUGUGCGCAAUGCCGUGCUAGAGAAUCGAGUGGUAUUGAAGAAGCGUGGAGAGCCUGGGAAGUUGCCUGAAGAGUAUUUCAAGGCUCUUUGUGAUGCUGUCAAGUCAUACAGUCUCUUGUCUGUUGAGGAUGGAAAGAAAGUCACGAAUCUGCGACCAAAACUCACUAAAAUGGUCAAUGCUUGUGUUAACAAGCUUGAGGGUGAAAGUUCCCGUCAAGGCAGGAAACUCUUUGACCGAGUGCAAGCUGAGCUUGCUGGAGAGCUCAACGUUGGCAAACCAAACCGUAUUGAGCAGAGACGCCAGCAGUAUGCUACCUAUGCGAAUAUCAAUCAAUGGUACUCGAACCUGCAGCAGUUUUUCAUUGACCAAGGAUUUGCCAAACUCAUUGACGAUGAGCUUGUGUUUCAUCAAUUCGUCCUAUUGCUUAUUCUUCUAUUGAUUAUCUAA